CAAAGCCUGACUGGUUUGCUGUGCGAGUUGGCAGCAGAGGAGCCAGAGGACCAGGUUUCUGCCUCAGCUGCUGCACCUAUGAGAGGACCGGACCGGCUGUAGGAGACGUGGGACUUGAUGCAGUUUUUAUCCUCUACUCUCCAUCUUACUGACGAGUCGAACCUGUGGAGUUGAUAAAUAGGAAGACUGCUCCAGGGGAGACUGAUCCACAGGCUUCUGCAGCACACGUCAAGGAGACCGCCACAUCAAUGAGGACACCUGGCAUGGCGGUAUUCAAGCAGGAGAACGUGGAGGACUUCUAUGAUCUUGGAGAAGAACUGGGAAGUGGGCAGUUUGCAGUUGUCAGGCGUUGUAAAGAGAAGAGCACAGGCACUGCGUUUGCUGCCAAGUUCGUCAAAAAACGCCAGAGUCGAGUCAGCAGACGGGGCGUGAAAAGAGAGGAGAUUGAGAGAGAGGUGGACAUCCUGCAGGAGAUCCAACACCCAAACAUUGUAGAGCUGCAUGACGUGUAUGAGAACCGCACAGACGUGGUGCUCAUCCUCGAACUGGUCUCCGGAGGGGAGCUCUUUGAUUUCCUGGCUCAGAAAGAGUCUCUCUGUGAGGAGGAGGCCACUCAGUUUAUUAAACAGAUACUAGACGGGGUGCAGUACCUACAUUCAAAGGGGAUUGCGCAUUUUGAUUUAAAGCCUGAAAACAUAAUGCUGCUGGACAGGAGUAUCCCUCUACCGCGCAUUAAAGUCAUAGACUUUGGACUGGCACACAAAAUAAAACCUGGGGCAGAUUUCAAAAACAUUUUUGGAACACCUGAAUUUGUGGCUCCGGAGAUAGUCAACUAUGAGCAGCUAGGACUGGAGGCAGACAUGUGGAGCAUCGGAGUCAUCACCUAUAUACUUUUGAGCGGCAUCUCGCCUUUCCUUGGUGAAACAAAGCAGGAAACGUUGGGAAACAUCUCAGCGGUGGACUAUGACUUUGAUGAAGAGUUUUUCAGUAAUACCAGCGAGCUGGCCAAGAGCUUCAUCAGGCAGCUACUGGAAAAGGACACGAGAAAACGAAUGACUAUCCAAGAUGCCUUGAAUCACCCGUGGAUUAAGCCUCUUAAUUCCAGACAAGCGAUGGUGAAGAGGCUUUCAGUGGUCAACUUGGAGAACUUUAAAAAGCAGUAUGCAAGACGACGCUGGAAGCUGUCCUUUCGAAUCGUGGCUUUGUGCAACCACUUAACGAGGAUCAUGAAGAAGGGUCAGAAGCUGCCUGCAGAGGAUCAGAGGGAUUGUGAAAGUGACCAAGAGGAGGAAAUUCUCAAGAGGAGGCCCAAGACCAGAAAGAGAAGCAGUACUUCCUGAAGGAGUACUGGUUAAACCCUAUUUCGGGUGUAAAACAAUGACUCUGCACCAUUUUUUAUUUUUUGAAGCACACAGCAGUUGUGCAGCAACCGCAUGUGUUCGAGUUACGGCUGUUUAAGGCAACGUCUGGGUUAGUUUUUGACAAAAUGAGCGCACAUUCUGCUGCGUGUGACACAGUCUCCUGCCGCUUUUUAACUGAAGCUGCUUUCUGGCCGAAGAAUAUUUACAGCAGCUAUACUGUUGACAGGAACUCUUAGUGAAUAUUCACACUUGCACAAGAAUGCGGAAGGGUUCCUCUUAUGACUGCAGCUUCAAAAAGUGCUUCAGCUGCUGUCAAUUGAUAGUCACACAUUUUUUUUUUUCUGUUUUUUUUUUUUUCUUGCCGUUUUCUUUCACUGGUUACAUGUUGGUGCUGCUCUCCCAAGUAUUGGGAAUUUAAAAGUUUUAGCUCCCAGAGCAUCACAAAUUGGUAGCAGAUCUUUGUAACCAAAUGUUUACAUGUUUUUCUGCUUAGAUGCAGCCCUGUCUGCGCAAAUAGUGUUUACUGUUGUCGUAUACAUUUUGCAAGCUCAGCAAUAAUUCUCGUGAGCCUGUAUACAGAACCACCUGUUUACUGUAUACUUGUAAAUUAUCAUAUAAAAACUGCUUUUUUUUCUUACGUGUACAUAAAGAUGCCAUAUGAAUCUUUAUAUGUGAAGCUAAUUUUGCAGUUUUAAUUAUUGUUAUAGUGUGACGUAUUUAUGGUGUAAAUAGAUGCUCUAUAGCUCCAACAAAUGUCUUAAGUUUCCUUUAACUUUCAUCUGGGCUUUUAUAGUUUUAAAUACAUUUUAUGCUAUACCUGUAUGAACUGAUGUUUUGUGUAAUAAAACUGAAGAAUACUUUCAUUUUUUGAUGCUAUAUAAAAGUGUGGUCAAAAGCUGUAACUGAACAACAGUUUUACACACACAUCAAACACGAUGCAUAUUGGAACAUUUGCAUAUUUAUAUCUCCUGCUUUUUAAUUUUUUUUUACUUUCUCCCAGCUACUAUUUAUUGUCACACCAGUAAGAGUGUUUGGGCUCAGCUGGGUUGAAGGAGAUUGAAAGGAUAAACUGACCUGAACUAAAUACAAGUUGGCGAUGGGAUAAUGUAGGCCAGUUUGUACAAAUAGUGUGAAACCAACAAGUGGGUCAGCUUGAGAGUCUGUGGCCAGUUUUGGCUUCAUUAGUCUUUCAUGUCGAUUUAUUGUGAAAUUGUUCAGAAUCCUGCUGCAUUGUUGGUCUACUCAGACAUAUUAUGGAGUCGUAUGUUUGCCUAGUGAAAAACAGCAGGAAAUGCUACUGAAAACAGCCCAUGCAUGCGUGCUUGUGCCUGCAUGAGAAUAAAGAAAGAUUUAAGAA